UUGGGCGCGUACGCACAAAAUGUAAACAGAAGAAGACGAAGAGGGAAAAUGGAGGAAAACAAAGCAGUAACCGAAACGUCGUCGAAUGAAAACGCUACAACUGCACACAGCAGUGAUGGCUCAAUGGGAAUGUCAUCGCAGAGUGGGAAAUCAGAAGCAGCUUGUAAAGGCUCCAAAAAGGACGACCCUCGAAGCAGCAGGCUGAAGCUGUAUGAAAAAGUCAUUGAGAAAAGCCUGGAAUCCUUCAUGGACAUGUCCAGUUCUGACAGGUUUUCCAGCAUGUUCCAUAAGGUCUACAAGAUCAACCCUCAGAGAAUGGAAAAUGUGCACAAGCAGUUUGUAGACGAGUUACGGAAAGCUAUCAAGGAUGAUAUCAGAAAACUGAAUGAAGAAGCGGGACUAGAGUCCAAACUAAAUGAGCUGGACACACUGGAAAGUGCUGCUAAAAUCAAUCCAGACCCUGCGUGGCGUCCCUCUGGGGUUCCAGAACAAGACUUUAGCAGCUUUAUAAAGCCCUUGUAUGCAAAGCAGGAGGCUUAUUUGCAGCGUGAGAUCAAAAAGAUCCAGGGUGAGAAUGCUGCCCUUGCACAAAAAGUUCAGGCUGGUAGGGAAAGGAUUGCUCAGACCGAAGAUCGGAUUUCAACAGCUGUUACCGAGUGGCAGGCAUCAGCCACGGAAUUUGAAAGACUGUCAUCAUCAUUAUGCACUGCAGAUCUUUUUGAUCUUUAAAUCAAUGGCUGAUUUAACGGAUUCAACUGUAUAUAUUUUUCUCAUCCCCCCCCCCCCAUUGACAAUAAAAUGAGAUUGUUGAAAAGCAUAUGAAUUCUUGUGAUGUGACAUAAUCACAUCUGCAGAUAUUUUUUUUGUAUGUGUGAGCUUUAAAAUAAUUACCUGAUUUAACGGAUACAACAUAUAUUUUUUU